CUCCCUUCUCACUCUUUCUGCAUUUCCACCCUUUCCUGUAACAAGAAAACAACAAAGAAAAGCUUCGCCCUUCAUAGUUUACAGGAGAAAGAGGAGAGAAAAAAAAAAAAUACAAACAAACAAACAAGCAUUCUUACAUGAGGAAAUUGUGCCCAAACAUCGACAAAGACGACGGGCUCGAGACGGUCCUCGAGAUCCCGAUCCCUGAAGAGAUGUUCACCGGCAUGGGAAGCAACACCACGCUGCGACUGCAGAACAUGCUCAGCUGGAUGAGAGCACAGACUUCCGACAAAUGGUCCCAGCCCGUCAUCGCCAGCCGGAUCAACGAGCUCCGCUUCCUUCUCUACCUCGUCGGAUCUCCCCUCAUUCCUCUUCAGGUCCAAGUCGGCCACGCCGUCCACAAGGCCGUCCGAGAUUCCUCCAUUCAAGCGUCGACGGCCAAGUACAUCUUGCAUCAGUACAUAGCGGCGACGGGAGGCCAGCCGGCGCUGAACGCGGUGCACAGCAUGUGCGUGAUCGGGUCGGUGAAGAUCUGCGCGUCGGAGUUCCAUCAAGGGGACCAGACCAUCAACGUGAAGAACACAGAGGAAGCCGGCGGGUUCGUCCUGUGGCAGAAAGAUCCGGACCUGUGGAUCUUGGAGCUGGUGGUUUCCGGGUGUAAAGUCAUCUGCGGAAGCAACGGGAAGCUCUCUUGGAGGCAUUCUUCCAACCAGCAAACCCCAAUUUCCAGAGGAUCUCCCCGCCCACUCCGCCGCUUCCUCCAGGGAUUGGAUCCGAGGUCGACGGCGAACCUGUUCGCCGACGCGACGUGCAUCGGGGAGAAGAUAAUCGACAACGAGGAUUGCUUCAUACUGAAGCUGGAGACGAGCCCGGCGAUCCGAGAAGCGCAGAGCGGGCCCAACUUCGAGAUCAUCCACCACACCAUUUGGGGCUACUUCAGCCAGAGGUCUGGGCUUCUGGUCCAGUUCGAGGACUCCCGGCUGUUGCGGAUGAGGACCAAAGACGACUACGACGUCUUCUGGGAGACAAGCAUGGAGUCGGUGAUGGAGGAUUACAAGUACGUCGAAGGUGUCAAUAUUGCCCACAGCGGCAAGACCAGGGUCACAGUCUACCGCUACGGCGAGCAGUCGGCGAACCACAAGAGGGAGAUUCGGGAGACUUGGAAGAUCGACGAGGUCGAUUUCAAUGUCUGGGGACUGACCGCCGAGAACUUCUUGCCGCCGGCCGAUCUGGUUGUUACCCCCAGUAAAAAGAAGGAGAAAAAGGAGAAGAAAGAAAAACACAAGAAACAUAAAGAGAAGAAGGAGAAGAAACACCACCGGUGAUAAAUACUUUUUUUGUUUUUCUUCUCACUCUUACCGUCUUACACAAGUUAACUAGCUGUAAUUUGCGUGCAUCGUUUUGAGAAAAUGAUCAUGGCGCAAGCUGACAAUGUUGUGCCGUUUUGGUAAUAUAUAGCUUUAUGUUUUUAGGAUUUAGAGCACUUCGAUCAGUUAUUAACAGGCCAGCACUACUCUUCAAAUACAGCCAAUGUCCUGCAACAGAACAACAUUCAAUCUUGUAACGGCUUUAGUGAAAUCCCCAAUUCCUAAACAAUGUCUAAUCACAGCGACUCGAACUCAAAGAUAGGACGGUUCGUGUUUCGACACCAUGAGAAAGGAUCAUCCUUGAAAGCAGCACGACGUUUGUACUCAGAAAGAGAUGAGAUCGUCCUUGGAUGAUGAUGAUGAUGAAGGUGGCUUCUUAGGGUCUUCCGAUGAUGUGUUGGCGCCGCCUUUCUUCCCAAAUAUCAUUUCGUCGAGAUCAUCCAUCAUGUCAUCGUUGCUCCCCUCCCCAUGUGCCCCGACCCGUGAGCCUGCUGGCUUUCUGAUCAAUGCAUCUGCUUCUUUUGCAUGAGUAGGGGAGUCCUCGGCCUCGACUGCGACUGGGAUCAUGGCAGGUUCAGGUUCAGAAUGCACCGCAGAUGGCCUCUCCAUCUCUUCGUACUUGGACAGAGCUUUCAGAAUCUCGUCGUUAACAUUUAAAGCUUCAAAAAGCAAGGCCUCAUUGUCCCCUGCCGUCUCAAUGAUUCUUUGGACAGUCGACUGGCACUGCCGACAUUGCUGGACAAGGGUACUAGUCAAAUCAUCCUACAAAAGCAAGAGACCAAAUCCCAACUCAGAUCUUCAUAUCAUACAAGAAUUACAAUUGAAAAACAAACGCCUUGAGUCUAGUGGUAAUACCACUAGCUUUGAACCUGUUUUGUCUAGCAUCAUGUAUGAAAACAACAUAGAGUACACAGCACAAAACAUGCCAAUGACACAGCAAUGGAUGCAUUACUGAGUUGCAUACAUCAUGCCCAACGAAUUCAGAGAAACUUACACCUUACAAUGACCGCCUAAACUUCUCAAUUUUCUCCAGCUCAUUCAAUUCGAUUCAAUGUUAAAGAACUCUCGUUAGCACUUAGCAAGUCUCAGUCUUGAAUCACCCCAACAUAUAAAGGCACUCGAAGCAAUAUUCACUAGGUUUCAACAUACAUAAUAGUAUAAUAACAGCACCGAAGGACAUUUUGAGCAGGCAUCUUACAUAUACAAUUUAGUCCUCAAUGAUCUAUAAGACCACCGGAGAGUACUAUUUUUAUAUCAAAACCAAAACCAUACAGUGAGUAUCGUGAGGGUCAGUCAGAUAAAAAGUACCUUCAAAGCAUCUUGUCCGGGAGAUGAAGAUAAAACUGUAGUGAGAAGUUCAAUGCUAUUCCUGGCCACAUCAAAAGCUUCCUUCGUUUGCUCAGCAGUAAGGCUUUCAACAACAACUUCGUGAUGAGUCUGCUCUGCCAGAUUGGCAUCCACUUCUGGUGCUGAAAUGGAACGAGGAGGGGUGAAGAUAGGUACCAAACUCUCAUUGUCACGACCAGGGAACCGGAUGCCCCUUGAUUUUAAGCUCUGCACAAAAGGAGGAAUUCAUGAAAACCCAAGCAAAAUACAGCUCAGGGUAUACGUAAGAUGAGCUAAUAAACCUAUGACUCUGAA